AACUGCUCUUAAUGGACGGACCAUUUAUCGAGGUAUUGAGAGAUGCCAUCUUGGGGAUUCUUGAGAUGUUAGGACGGAGUGAUGCAGACUUGAAGCUGAAGCUGAAGCUGACGAGCUAGGAUGACGGAGGUUGGGGGUGACGUUGACACAGUUGCUGCGGCGGCGGCAGCUCCACACGGAGAGAGAAGAUAUAAGUUCCGGAGGCGUAGCCAGGGGAAGGAUUAUUGUGGUCAAUUCUCCAGAACGUCUGGUAUCGCACAGCGUCGAGAUAUUGCUGUGGGAGCUGUAUAUGGGAGAAGUAGAGGAUGGAAACCGAACGUAGAUCGGGGGACGGUGGGAAUCUACCUUCGGAAACCAUACAGCAAAAGGUCCCAGAAGUGGGUUUCAUGGAGUGUGGCUGAUGAUGCAUGUAGCUUCCAUUCGUACGUCGUCUGCAUCAGUGACCUAAGGUAACCUACCUAUGCUGGCGGGUAGCUUAAAGAAUGCCCAACC